AUGUUUUUUAUGGGACACAAACACGGAGAUAAACUGUCCGGAACGGAGCAGUCUGCGUCCGGCAUUAUUUAUGUCCUGGACGUUGAUGUCCACGUGGACGCGAACUGUUCCGUCUCAGACUUUACGCUAAAAAUCGUCGGACAACGUCCGUGUACAACACUGCAUCUAAAUGAAAACUGUCAUAUUUAG